AUGGAUAAACUGCCCGAUUAAGAAAACAAAAACGAUUCGAAUGCUGAUGAAGGUGAACAAUACGAGAAUAAUCAACAAAGUUUAGCCCCUAUUUACCGAGAGAUAGCAGGAGUUACUUUAUCUACCCCAUCAUAAUGGAGAGGUACUUAAUAGCAAAGUACUAUUGGCAAAAAUUAUAAAAAGAUUAAUAUCUAGGGUCAUCACAAUACUCAGAGAUAAUAGAAAAUAAUGAAUCAAUAAGAUCUUAACUAACAGGAUAAAACUUAAUCAUAAUUCAUGAUGAACAGUAGUAUGGCUACAGCUAUGAACCCUCUCUAAUAGAUUAUGGAUAUUAAUGAGGAGUUAUAAAAUGAGAUUAAAGAUCCUAAUUUUGAGUAGAAUGGAGAGACAGUUGCAGUAAAUUUGCAGGACUAAGAUGCUGAGUAAAGAGAAGGCUAAAAUCCAGAAGAUGAUAAAAAAAAUAAACUUGCUUAGCUUACUGCUUAGAUACCCUACAAAUUCGAUAAGUUAAGGCAUGUUGAUGAUAUCUUAGAUGAACUUCGAGAAUAUCUACCAAUAAAUACAGGGAAAAAGAAGAAAAUUAAUAUGUUUGAUAAACCAAAAGACCCUUACGUUCUCAGAUCAAUUGAUAAAUUGAGAUCGUUGGAUAGAUAAUAAAAGCGAUUUCAAAAUAAGAUUGAAAAUAUGAGAGAUCAUAUGACUGUUUAUGAGCAAUUAAGAGUUAAGCCAGUUGUCUAAGACGUUAAUGAAGCCUUGGCUCAUAAAGCACAAUCUGGAAUAGGAGCUCUAACUCAAAGAACUCGAAACAGCUUAGUCCUAAUCUCGAAUAAAACUGAAGAUAAAAAACUGACAUCCACAUUUUACAACAACAAAGAUCUAAAAAUACCUCCUCUAGCCUUCAAGAAUGAUGUAUUCAAGGCUGUGCCAUCAGAAAUGAUCAUUCAAUAAAAUCCAGAUGAGAGCAUUUUGACACAACUUAGUGGAGUCCACAAUACUAAAAUUGAUUUUCAUCAGUAAAGCAAAUUAAAGAGGUAUGUCAAAAACACUCGUAUACUUGAGGCAUUGAAGAAAAAACUUCUAAAAAAUACCUCAUAAUAAAUGUCAAUUAUCUAAAGCUUUGUAAAGGUAAAUUUACCUGAGCAUGGUCAACUCCCAUUGACAGAGGGAUAGUUCUAGAACUUGCUUAAAUGUAUUGUUGAUACUGGGUUUACUCAUGAUCUCACUGCUACUUUUGAAAUCAAAGAAUUAAUUAGACAUGGAUUACUGCUUGAGGACUUAACCAUUAAAAUUUAGUUGCUCAUGCUUAAAGCAGGUUAUGGUGUAUCUGAAACAUAAUCUAGCAACAUUUUUAUUCACAAUAAGUCACAUAUAAAUGCAUCCAAUCCUAAUCGUUCGUCUAUUCAUUAAUUAAGCAUAACACCACGUGAAAGCAGCUCUGGCAUGGAUGUUUAAUAGUUUUAAAGAGAAUUUAUGCGCAAGAGAAUGAUUGCUGAAGAUAAGAUAGAUCGCUAUCUAAGAGAUAGAACUACUACUCAACUACCUCAGAGCCAAAGCACAUCAAGUUUUAAUAGAUAUUCUUAGAAUAUCACUUCAAGAAAUAAUGGCAGUGGAAGUGGGUUUAGCAACUUAAAUAAAAAUGGAAAACCAUUGACUUUUCUAGAUAAGUAUGUAGAAGCUAAUAAACUUAGUGUGAGUAAUGUAAUAGACAGAUUUCCAAGUAUCGAAGCCAGGAAAAAGUACUCUAAUGAGUAUAGUCCAAAGAUGCUAGAUACGAAGCAGAUAUUUGAAACUAUAAAGCUAGCAGAAGAGGAAUAAGGCAUUAGGAAAAAUAAACUGAUACUUGAAAAACUAAUCGUAAUAUAUUAUCUUAACUUAUCUAUUAUAGGCUGA